AUUCGUCGGCUUCUCUUUUGGCUUAUCAGGUCUCCCUGGUUAAGUUUGAUCACCUUAAAAAAGCCAUGGGGGAUGCAAAAGAACCUUCUGCUCAUUCAUGUGGUGAACCAUCCAUUGACAGCAAAACUUCCAAUAAAACUGCCACCGAUAAGAGGAAAUGGGAGCCAUUUCGCCAUAUGAGGAGAAAACAUCGAGCUUGUUUCUCCGAUCCAAUUACAUCUCUUGAAUUGACAUCAUUAAGCACUGAAGUCGAGGGAAUCGACAUGUCAUCUGCAAAAGCUGGUCACGAGGAUUGUUCAACAAGUACCAUAGAUUGUUUAGAACCAAGUGUAGAAUCUAUAGAAUCUGCAGAAUCUGAGAUAAUUUCUUCGAAGGCCAGCAGCUUAUCAGACACUGAACAUCAACCAAAUUUAGCUACUAUUGUUCACUGGCGUAGCUUCAUUCGCUUACUGAAAAAAGGACCUGGAAUCCCCUCUCAAAGCUUACCUCCUCUAAAACCUAAGCUCACUAGGAAAAAGAGCAAAAGAAUUAGAGAUGAAAUGGUUCCACAACUAUGUUCAGUUCUUGAUGCUGAAUUAUGCUGUUUUAAAUCUACCUGGAAGAACUUCUCUCUCUCAGAGCUUCAAGAAGCAACGAACAACUUCAGCCAUGAAAAUUUGAUAGGUGAAGGAGGGUAUGCAGAAGUUUACAAAGGGCAACUGAAAAGUGGAAAGUUUGUUGCAAUUAAGAGGCUAACCCGAGGCUCACCAGAAGAAAUGACAAUGGAUUUCUUGUCUGAGCUUGGAAUUAUAGUUCAUGUUGACCAUCCCAACAUUGCUAAAGUGAUUGGGUAUGGGGUUGAAGGAGGGAUGCACCUUGUUCUUCAAUUAUCUCCCCAUGGAAGCCUGGCAUCAUUACUUUAUGGCCCCAAGGAGAAGCUGAAUUGGGGCAUCAGAUUCAAGAUUGCUGUAGGGGCCGCCGAAGGCCUUAGCUAUCUUCAUGAAGGUUGCCAGAGGAGAAUUAUCCAUAAAGAUAUCAAGGCUUCAAACAUAUUGCUUACAGAGAACUUUGAUGCUCAGAUUUCUGAUUUUGGGCUUGCAAAGUGGCUACCUGAUCAAUGGACUCAUCAUAUCGUCUCUAAAGUGGAAGGCACAUUUGGUUACCUUCCUCCUGAGUUCUUCAUGCAUGGCAUAGUCGAUGAAAAGACAGACGUCUAUGCUUUCGGGGUACUUCUGUUGGAGCUCAUCACCGGAAGGCAAGCUGUAGAUAGUUCACAGCAAAGCCUGGUUAUGUGGGCAAAACCUUUGAUCAAAGAAAAUAAGAUCGAAGAACUUGUUGAUCCAACUCUAGGGGAUGCCUAUGACUCGGACCAGAUGAAACGUGUUACUGCAACAGCUUCUAUUUGUAUACAUCAGUCUGCAGUGAAUCGACCUCAAAUGAGCCAGGUUGUAAACAUUCUGAAGGGUGAUCUUAACUGCCUGGAGACGCUGAUGCAACGCGAAAAUUCUGUACUUGAGAGAACUUACUCAGAGGAGAUCUAUGAUGCAGAUGACUACAACUCAACUAAGUUUUUAAAUGAUCUGAAUAGUCAGAUGGAGAUUCUUUUAAGACAGUCUGAGGAUGCUUAAACUUUGUUUGUCACAUUGACAAAGUUUCAUAGUCCUUUUUUUUAGUCUGAUUCUUCUUCAAUGAAGCUCGUAA